UACCGGAGCCAACAAAACCCGGGCACAGCAGCUGCACAUGGCUUAAAGUUGCUUGUGAGUUCGAUUCGAGAGGAUCAAUUCAUGUGAAGGUGGAACAUAGUUCGAUUGAACAGUGAUUUUAUUCGACGUUUAUCUAUUUAAUUAGCUGAAACAGCCAACAUGACCUACCGAGUCGUCUUCAUUCUGAUGGCAGUUGCCAGCAUGUGUGCCACUCCGGCUUUAUCAUUCUCGGCGGGAGCUCCGGCCGCUGCAUGCGGUGACAUGAUUCCGCAGCACCACACUGAACCGCAGAAGUCAGCAGCACCGUACACAAUUGUGCUGAACAAGAAGCAGAUUAAAUCCGGCGAAGGAAUCACCGUAACCGUGAAAGGAAACACCAACAAGGACACCAUCAAAGGGCUACUUUGCCAGGCUCGUGUCGGCGAAACGGCAGUAGGAUCGUUCGAUGUUCCACCGAACAACAAUUUCAUUCAAACUCUAGACUGUGGCAACUCGAAGAAGUCGGCCAUCACACACAAGAAAAUGACCUCCGAUCCAAGAGAAAUCUCAUUCAACUGGGUUGCCCCACGAGGACUCAGCGAGAGCGUCCGGAUGACUUGCACCAUAGCUCUGAACGGCGGAGUCUUCUGGGUCAAGGAGCAGUCCGCUGCCCUCCAGGUCAACUAAGCUAGGUGACUGACUCCGCAACAGUGACGAAUUUUACUAAAAAUGUUACCUCGAGUGCUGUUUGAGACAGACUUGUAAAGACAUCAAUGUACCUAGAACUGUUUUUACUUUAACUGCUGUACUUAAUGUUUUUUUUUCAAUGAAAAUAUGUUUAUAUUUGAUAAUGACAAUAAAGUUUGUAUGUGUAUAAA